AGCAUAGCGAACUGCAUUCAUGUUCUCUUAGAUACUGAAUUUGCUAUAAAUCUGUUGACUUAUGUGAAAUAGUGAAGCUACGAGUGACAAAGUGAAAUAAGACACGAUGGGUGUACCAAUGUUAAAGAACUGUUGCUUUUGCGCGAGUUUACACACAGGAAUGCUCAUUAUAGCGUAUUUAUAUUCAGUAUGGGCUCUAGUAGAGCUGACGGGGUACUGUCUAAUAGUGACGUUUCGCCCGCUGGAGUCGGUGCGCGGCGACGGCGGGCUGUCCAUGAGCAAGUACGUCACGUUCGUGGUGUCCGCGGGCGUGACGGGAGUGCAUUUGCUGUGCUCUCUGCUGCUCAUACUUGCGGCGUACAAGAAGCUGUCAUACCUCACGCUGCCAUGGACGAUAGUGACGGGCCUCCUGACGGCGAUGUACUUCGUGCUGUGCCUGACCGGCAUCAGCCUCGUGCUGCAGGACUCGAGAGAGCAGCUCGGCCCCGAGGCCAUCUUCAUCUGCGUGCAGUUCGUCAGGAUCUGCAUCUCCGUGUACUGCAUCAUGGUGGUGCACAGCCGCCACAAGCAGAUCAUGGCGGAGGAGGACGAGCAGCGGUUCCUGCGCUCAGGAAGAAUCAACAAGGGCAAGCACGAAGACUAUCCGCUCAUACGAAUAUAGAC